AUGAAGUGGGAAGGCUUCUACGCCCUGAUCAUCGGGGUGAACCGCCACUCCACUGCCAUCGGCCGCAUCUGGCUCUCCGUGGUCUUCAUCUUCCGCAUCAUGGUGCUGGUGGUGGCCGCCGAGAGCGUCUGGGGUGACGAGCAGUCUUCCUUCACCUGCAACACGCAGCAGCCCGGCUGCAAGAACGUCUGCUACGAUUACUAUUUCCCCAUCUCUCACAUCCGGCUCUGGGCACUGCAGCUGAUCCUGGUGACCACGCCGGCCCUGCUGGUGGCGAUGCACGUGGCCUAUCAGCAGCACCAGGAAAAAAAGCUCCUGGUGAUGACGGGCCACGGGGACACCAAGCACCUGGAGGAAGUCAAGAAGCACAAGAUGCGCAUUUCUGGCUCGCUGUGGUGGACCUACAUCUUCAGCGUCGUCUUCCGCAUCCUCUUUGAAGGCAUCUUCAUGUACAUCUUCUACAUGAUCUACCCUGGCUACCAGAUGAUCCGCCUGGUCAAGUGCGACGUCUAUCCCUGCCCCAACAUCGUGGACUGCUUUAUCUCUCGGCCCACCGAGAAGACCAUCUUCACCGUCUUCAUGCUGGCCACCUCUGGCAUUUGCAUUGUCCUCAACGUGGCCGAAAUGGUCCUUCUCAUCGUGCGAGCCUGUGCCCGGCGCCUGAGCCGAAGCCACAACCCUUCCUCGGGGAAGGGCUCCUUCCUGGGGCACAAGCUGUCUUCAGAGUACAAGCAGAACGAAAUCAACCAGCUGCUGACCGAGCACGACGGCUCCCUCAAGGACAUUCUCCGGCGGAACUCGGGGCUGCAGGAGAAGAGUGACCGCUGCUCGGCCUGCUAGAGGCCUCGGGCUGUUGGUGGGUCACUUGGCUCCGUCCGGCCUGAUGGGGAGCAGCGGACUCUUCUGGCUAGCUGAGCUGCCUUGUCAUGGCU